AUGGAAUAUAGAAACCAAACAAGAAGUCCUCUGAAACUGAAAGUACUUAUUUUUCCAUGGUUAGCAUACGGCCAUGUAACCCCUUACUUUGAACUCGCCAAAAAGCUCUCCCAGAGAAACUUUAAGAUCUACUUUCACUCAACCCCAGCCAUCCUCGACAACAUCAAACGAAACAAUCCAGUUCUGGACGACAACAUCGAACUCGUCGAACUCCGUUUGCCCUCCGGCGACGACCUCCCUCCUCACAACCACACCACAAAAGGGCUGCCCAAGCACCUCCUCCACUCUCUCUUUCAAGCCUUCCAGGCAGCUAGAUCCACCUUCCCAGCCAUAUUAGAUUACUGUUCUCCGGAUUUAAUAAUCUUCGACGGGUUCCAACCCUGGCUCCCGGAUGUCGCCUCGUCGCGUAACAUUCCGGCCGUCAAUUACCUCAUCAUAGGAUCCUCGGCGUUCUCCUACUUCUACCACACCACUUAUACCUACAAGGGCACCUCCCAGCCUUUCCCAUUUCCGGCAAUCUAUUCUCGGGAUCACGAGAGGAAGAGCCUCAGCGUGCCGUGGGAGUCUGGGUUCAUAUUCAAGGGGAUUGAGAAAUCUUCGGAGAUUGUAUUGGUCAACAGCUGCGAGGAGAUUGAUGGGAAGUAUAUUGGUUACCUCUCUCAGCUAUCCAAGAAGAAGAUGGUACCCAUUGGACCGUUGAUCCACAUCGUCGAGGGAGACGAUCCUAAGAUCAUGGAAUGGCUAGAAAAGAAGGAGGAACUAUCAACUCUGUAUGUGUCUUUUGGGAGCGAGUAUUACUUGAGCCCAGAUGACAUGGAGGAAUUGGCAUAUGGUUUAGAGCUGAGUGGGGUUAAUUUCAUAUGGGUGAUUAGGUUCCCGGAGGGGGAAGAAAGGAGUAUAAAUGAGGCAUUGCCAAAAGGAUUUCUAGGGAGAGUGAAGGAGAGAGGGUUAAUGGUAGAAAAAUGGGCACCCCAAGCAAAGAUUUUAAGGCACCAGAACGUUGGAGUGUUUUUGAGUCAUUGCGGAUGGAACUCGGUGUUAGAAAGCGUGCACUUUGAGGUACCAAUCAUAGCCUUGCCUAUGCAUCUUGACCAGCCUGCUCACGCAAGGAUGGCUGUUGAGCUCGGGACUGCUUUGGAGAUUCAAAGGGAUGAAAAUGGGAAGCUCAAUAGAGAAGAGGUUGCCAAGGUUAUCAAAAAUGUUUUGGUGGAGGGAAACGUUAAAGAGUUGAGGGAAAAACUUAAACAAGUGAACAAGAAAAUAAAAAUGAAAGGUGAAAAACAAAUUGAUGACGCUGUGGAAGUUCUCACCAAUCUCUGCAUCCAGUAUAAGCAGCAACGAAAAUGA